UGAAUCGCAGAUGUUGAAUGGUGCAUUGCUGCUGCCACUCGGGCUCCCGUAGAAAAACACCGUGACGCGGUUGAGCUCUUGGAGAAAAUCAGGAUAAUCUACGUAACGGUCCAUCCUCAUCCUCAUCCUCAUCCUCAUCCUCAUCCUCAUCCUCCCGAGCAGCGGGUCGGUGUGUCGCCAUGGCCGCGCAGAAGAUCAACGAGGCGCACGAUCACAUCGCGAAAGCCGAGAAAUGCCUGAAGACCAGCAUGACCAAGUGGAAACCUGAUUAUGACGGAGCCGCUUCAGAGAUGGCAAAAGCAGCUGUGGCUUUCAAAAACGCCAAACAGUUUGAACAAGCGAAGGAUGCGUACCUGAUGGAGGCUGAGUACCACACAGAAAACAAAGCACUCUUCCAUGCAGCAAAAGCGUAUGAACAAGCUGGCAUGAUGCUGAAGGACAUGAAGAAAAUGCCUGAAGCCAUUCAGCUGAUCGAGAAGGCCAGCAUCAUGUACGUGGAGAAUGGGACGUCUGGCACUGCUGGAAUAGCCUUGGACAGGGCUGGGAAACUCAUCGAGCCGAUUGAUCUGGAGAAAGCCGUGGACUUGUACCAGAAGGCCGCAUCUGUGUUUGAGAAUGAAGAUCGUCUCAGAGAGGCCGCAGAGCUUCUGGGAAAAGCCUCCAGACUUCUGGUGAGACUGCGCAGGUUGGACGAGGCUGCUGUGUCCCUUCAGAAAGAGAAGAACAUGUACAAGGAAAUUGAGAAUUACCCGACCUGCUUUAAGAAAACCAUCGCUCAAGUGCUGGUUCAUCUCCACAGAGGCGACUUUGUGGCCGCAGACAAGUGUGUCAGAGAAAGUUACAGUCUCCCAGGGUUCAGCGGGAGCGAGGACUGCGUUUCCAUGGAGACGUUACUGGCGGCGUUUGACGAGCAGGACGAGGAUGGGGUGUCACGCGUCUGCAACUCACCUUUACUGAAGUACAUGGACAACGACUAUGCCAAGCUGGCGAUCUCUCUGAAGGUGCCCGGUGGAGGCGGCGGGAAGAAGAAGAAACCUCCUGUUGCUCCUCAAGGGGACAGCGCUGGCCCGCCACCGGCGGAGGAAGAUGACGAUUACGAGGGAGGUUUAUGUUAAUGGAGAGAACACCAUCUGCGUGUGUGUGUGUGUGAACGAGCAUAUCAGUGUUUCCUCCCUGUGUGCAGAGAGUCAUUCUUGAGGAAUUCUGUUCCUGUUUGUCCCGCCUGUAGGAGUGUCCCAAUUUCAUUGCGUUUACACAUCUACACAACUACACACGUGGGCACGAUGAAAACCGGGAGGCUUGUGACUGUCCCAUUGACUG